UCAACAUUUUUGUCAGCUCAGCACCACCGACGAAUUUAUUAAAUAUAUAAAAUGACAAAUAAUAAAAAAGAAGAAAACAACAACACAAUUAGGCCACUCUUAAAAAAUUAUCUGUUUGCUAUUGCCGGCCGACCCGCCGAAAAUGCCCCGACUCAAAAGUUUUUUUUGCUAAAAAAAAAAUCGAUUUUUUUUAUAUUUUCGCUUAAAAACAGUCUUUUCACAAAUUAGCGGUCUUUUCGUUAUUCAUCGAUCCGUAUCGUCUAGACGAUUGCAUAUGUAUAUAAUGACUGAAUGCAAGCGUCUACUUCACCACAUGCAUAGCAACCUCAAACAUGGCGGCAUCCAGAGCUGUCGGAAAAUGGAAGCAUGAGUCUUCGGGAGAAAUAACAUUCUGCUGCAAUAUAAGUGUAAAUUAUGUAAACCAACCAGAGAAAAGAAACAUAUUGAAGAAUAGAAUCUAUUCAUUUAACUGUUCUGAUUCUUGGAACGAUCUGCUAGCAGAUUUAUUAAGCGAAACUGAUAUACAUGUUGAAAAAACUGAUACGAUUGAAUUGUCAGUUGCCAAAUCAUUAGCCGGGGCUGAGCUUUUUCACCCAGAUUGCGAUGAAGAAAUCAGUGUGUUGCAUAAGUUUGACAAAACUUUAAAAUAUGUUAACUUCUGCAUCACCAAAGAACAUCCAUCAGAAAUUUCACCGGAAGAUACAAAGACUUCCAGUUCCACAAAUGCAUUCAGUUUAAUGAUGGAAGUGCCUAGAAAAAUUGAGAAAUCUCCAAAAAUGAGGGCACAAGGCCCAAGAUUUACAGCAAAGGACCGGUUGUACAAUGAUUUGGUGACAGAGAUGACGGUGAAGAAGGCCUUCUUUCCAAAUAUCAUGUCAGACCAAGAUGUUACCAAACACGUCAUGGUUGUCGUUAAUGCCCUGUGGUAUGUGGAUGGGUCCCUUGGAAAACUACAAAAUAGGUUUACUGGUGCUGAAGAGGACUUCCCAAAAUCAAAUAGAGAGCUAAAAGUGACAAAAUAAUGUGCAAAUUGAAACAUUUAACAAAUGUUUGCGAGUACUAUUAAGUUUGAUACUGUCAUGUGACACUGAUAGGGAGCUAUCCUAACAACUCAGUACAAACAGUUACAAAUACAUGUUCCUAGUUACAAAUAUAUGUUCCUACUACUAAGUCACAAGAUU